CUAUCACGCACACGCGGACGGGCACACGCACACACACAUAUUCAUUCCCUCGAUAGCGAAAUUUAACUCCAAAAAACAGAUCAGAAAAAAAAAAAAGGUCAGAAAGAAAACCCUAAUCCUAAGCCUCAUCCCGCUUCAUUGUCUCUUUAAACAACAAACUUUAUCUCUCUGCAAAUUUAUAAACCUAUCUAUAUAUAACAUAUCUGUAGAGUUGUUGGUUUCAUUGUAGGAUAAACCUAUUAGGGUUAGGUUUAGGGUUUGUGGUGAUGUUAAUGGAAUGCUGCAGGGGUGGUGGUGGAUGUGGCUGGUGGAGAAGAUGACGGGAGGCCGAUGUCAGCGGAGGCGGAAGGUGACGGUGGUGGUGGGCAGGGGUGCCGACGGAGGUUGCGGCGUCGAAGAGAAACCAUGCCCAAACUCUAGGGUUCCUACGAAGUCCCCAACCAAAAAGCCAUCCAAUCUUGAGAAAAUUACACCAAUUGCCAUUGACUUCUAUACACAGGCUAAGAAAGCUCUAUCAGUGCGCUCCCCAUUUGAUAGCGAGGAUGCCCAGGUGUCCACAGUCCCCACUCUUCCCAGUGGGUUGGUCAUCUUGUUGUCUAAGCAUUCCGACAGCAGGAAGCGGCACAAGAAAUCGCAUUCUGGCUCGGAAAAGAAGGCUUCGAGGCCCAAUGUGCCUGAGAAGGCCCGUGGAUCGAACAUCUGGAAUGAGACCGAGGAGUAUUUCAGGGAAUUGACUGUGGAUGAUAUUGAGAAGUUGCACGAGGUAUCAAAUUUUGGGUUUUCGGGUACUGAGAAGUUUUUUGAAAUUCCGUCAUUGGGAUAUGAAAAAAGUUUUCGGGAUAACAUAUGCAACGGUGACAUUGCGAAGGACCCGAGUGCUAUUAAUGGAAAUGAGGUUGGAUUGGAUUCCGGAGUGGUUGUGGAAGAAGAGGUCAAAGAUGAAGCUGAGCAGUUUAUGGAAGUUGAUAGUGUAGGUGCUAAUGAAUUGGUUCAAGAAAAUAGAGAUAGUUCUUCUUUGUUGCAAUCAUCGACGUCUUGUAGUGGUUUAGAGUGGCUAUUAGGUUCUAGGAAUAAGAUAUAUCUCACCUCGGAGAGGCCUAAUAAGAAACGAAAGCUUUUAGGCAGGGAUGCGGGGUUGGAGAAACUUCUUGUUGCUUGUCCGGUUUCAGGGUCGGCUUCUUUAUGCCAUUAUUGUAGUUUGGGUGACACGGGCAACCCAUUAAACCGUUGUAUUUUUUGUAGCUCUUGUGGAGUGGCAGUUCAUCAGAGAUGUUAUGGCGUCCAAGAUGACUUGGGUGGUUCUUGGUUAUGUUCUUGGUGUAAGAAGGAGAAUGAGGUUCUGAGCAGUGAUAAGCCUUGUGUGCUUUGCCCAAAGCAGGGUGGUGCUUUGAAACCUGUUCGGAAGCGGGGAUCUGGAGGUGAAGAUGUCGGGUCAAUGGAAUUUGCUCACUUGUUUUGUUGUCAGUGGAUGCCUGAGGUCUAUGUAGAGGAUACUAGGAUAAUGGAGCCGAUUGUGAAUCUUGAAGGAAUGAAGGAAACUCGGAAAAAAUUAGUUUGUUGUUUAUGCAAGGUGAAGUGGGGUGCCUGUGUUCGGUGCAGUAACGGAGCUUGCAGAACUUCUUUCCAUCCUAUAUGUGCAAGGGAGGCAAGAUAUAGAAUGGAGCUAUGGGGCAAAUUUGGUUGUGAUGAUGUUGAGUUACGGGCCUUUUGCUCCAAGCAUUCUGAAAUCCAGAACAAUAGCAGGACCCAAGAAAUAGGAGAACCAUUUGAAUCAAAUGGUUCUGAUUCCUGCAUGUCCAUGGAUCAACCAGUGUCAUCAAUAGUGAACAAACCACGCAAGUUGAAGAUUGGCCAAAGCCAUGGAGAUACAAUUGCUUUUCACGGUGAAACACCUGACAAGGAUUUGAAUAAGAUGGGCAACGGUAUAUUACAUGAAGAUGGGCAGUCAGAUACCAGGUCAAAUUCCAAACGUCAGUCAGAAUGUGGUGAUGCUCGGCAACGUGUUAAUAUGGAAACCGUAGAUAGGAACAGUGUUGAAGAUAUUAACGCAUCCGAGACUCUGAAUUUUGCGUUGAUUCUGAAGAAGUUAAUUGAUCGAGGAAAAGUCAAUGUGAAAGAUGUGGCCACGGAGAUUGGUGUCUCUUCUGAUUCAUUGGCCUCAAUGAUUGCCGAGGAAUGCUUGGUCCCUGAUUUGCAGUGCAAAUUAGUUGAUUGGCUUAGAAAUCAUGCUUACAUUGGUAGGUCACCAAAAAAAUUGAAAGUCAAAAUUAAACCCACCACUGGGUGCAAGGCUGAGAUGGGAGUGGCUGAUGAUAGUGAUGCUGUUGCAGCAUCAGAUUCUGAUAUCCCUGAUGUUGUUCCUGUUAAAUCAGUACCACCUAGGAGAAGAACCAAAAGUGAAAUCAGGAUUUUAAAGGAUAACAAGGACAGGUGCUCAUCUAAGGAAAUGAUUAGGGGUGCUGUGAUGAUGGAUGAAAUUCAAAGUGACCAUCAUUCCAGAGAAGAUUCCCAUUGCCCAAGUAAGGACUCUGUUGCUGAUGCCAUUGAGAAGAUAUCGGUUGAAGAUGUUUGGGUCUCUAAUAUUUUGGCAAACAAUUCUCUUAAAUCUGAAGGCCAUAUUUGGAAAGGUGAUCCGGCCAAACCCUCAAACUCCUGCCUCUCUGAGGGUGGCCAAGCAGAAGAGGCUCCUUUUUGUGAGAGGGAUUCUAUAGUGAAUGCAGAACUGGAAAAGCCCAUUUGUUCAGUUCCCAUGAAUCAGACCCCACGUUUCAUUAAAUCUGCAGCAUCGCCUAGUUUUUACAUUCACCCGCUUAUACACAACAAAUUGAUGCAAAUGCAGAAUGGGGUCCAGUUGAAGAACACAGAUGAUGAUUGUGAUGGUUCAAGGGACAGAGAACCAUUGGAGGCGUCAUCUAGUUUGGGCAUUUGUUGUGGUCACCGAAAUCAACAUUCUGCUUCGACUGAUUUGAUUUCUAAAUUUGAUGGGGUAGAUAGGGAACUGUUGGUCAAGGCUAGGAGCAUGGGCCUAUUAGAACUGUCUCCAGUAGAUGAAGUGGAAGGGGAACUUAUUUUUUAUCAGCAUAGUCUACUCUGUAAUGCGGUUUCAAGAAAGCUUUUCAGUGAUGAUUUGAUAUGUAAGGUUGUGAAGAGUCUUCCUGAAGAGAUUGCUGCUGAAGGUAAACAAAAGUGGGAUGAUGUACUAGUUAGUCAGUAUCUUAGUGAGCUUAGAGAAGCAAAAAAACAGGGAAGAAAAGAGAGACGGCACAAGGAAGCUCAGGCUGUAUUGGCUGCUGCAACUGCUGCAGCUGCCGCUUCAUCUAGGAUUUCAUCAUUUAGAAAAGAUGCCAUUGACGAAUCUACACACCAGGAGAACCCAGUGAAAGUGGGCACUUUUAAUGGAAGGGCUAGUCUUUACUCUCAGCACAUGCCACGAGCGAAGGAGACACUUUCUGUUUCACGAGCUUCAUUAGAAAAGAACUCCAAUUUAGUCCAAUCGACUGUAAAUUUGUCUAAAGAACACCCCAGAACCUGUGAUAUCUGCAGACGGUCUGAGACUAUUUUGAACCCGAUCUUAGUCUGUUCGGGUUGCAAGGUUGCGGUUCACGUGGAUUGCUACCGUAGUGAUAAAGAUUAUACUGGUCCAUGGUAUUGUGAAUUAUGUGAGGAUUUAUUGUCGCCUGGAAGCUCUGGAGCUCCAGCUGUCAAUUCUUGGGAGAAGCCUUUUUUUGUUGCAGAAUGUGGUUUAUGUGGUGGCACUGCUGGUGCUUUUAGAAAGUCAACUGAUGGUCAAUGGAUCCAUGCCUUCUGUGCUGAAUGGGUGUUAGAAUCAACAUUCAAGAGGGGACAAGUAAAUCCUAUUGAGGGACUGGAGACAGUUUCCAAGGGGUGUGACGUUUGCCAUGUCUGCCGUCGCAAACAAGGUGUCUGCAUAAAGUGCAAUUACGGUCACUGUCAGAGCACGUUUCAUCCCUCUUGUGCUAGAAGUGCUGUUUUCUACAUGAAUGUGAGGACUGGUGGUGGCAAGUUGCAGCACAAGGCUUAUUGUGAAAAGCAUAGCGUAGAACAGAGAGCAAAGGCUGAGAAUCAAAAACAUGGAGUUGAAGAAUUGAAGAGUCUUAAGCAAGUUAGGGUUGAAUUGGAAAGGUUACGCCUCCUUUGUGAAAGAAUUAUCAAACGAGAGAAAUUGAAGCGUGAACUAAUUCUUUGCUCACAUGAGAUAUUGGCUUCAAGUAGAGAUUCCAUUGCUUUGUCAGCAGUCCGUAGUUCUUUCUUCCCACAGGAUGUUAGUUCAGAAUCAGCUACAACCUCCCUUAAAGGCCAUUCAGCUGGUUACAAAUCAGGCAGUGAAGCCAUCCAAAGAUCUGAUGACAUAACAGUGGACAGCACAGUUGCAGGUAAACGGCCAAUCAAAUUUCCCAUGCCAAUGGACAAUGACCAAAAAACAGAGGACAUCUCUCUAUCGCAACACAUUGUUACACAAAAACCUGCAGAGAGGGCCUCAUUCUCUGGGAAGACAAUCCCACAUAGGCCAUCAUCUGUUGCAUUGCGGAACCUUACAGAUGAUGAGGACAAGCGAUCAAAGUAUAGAAAGCAUACUGAAACAUUUGAAAAGGAGCUGGUAAUGACAUCAGAUCAAGCAUCUAUGAAGAAUCAGCGAUUACCCAAAGGUUUUGUUUAUGUGCCUAUUGGAUGCCUUUCCAAGGAGGAGGAAACUGUUCCGGAUGCAUCUUCUCAAGAACAAUUGGAACGUCAAAGGUAG